CUGUCUGUUCGUUCUAUCUCUCUCCUUCUCUCUGGUAUUAUUUAAUAUUGAGGAAUUUACGUUAAAAUUUGUUACUUUCCUGUGAGAAACUUAAAUAAAACAAUAGACCUCAAGAUGACUAAAGCACCGGAAUCUGUUGCCCUCGACCAACUUGAUAAGGAACAAAUGAAAACCUUCUCGGAUUUUCUCAUGUCGUACAAUAAACUGUCCGAAAUGUGUUUCACUGACUGCGUGCGCGAUUUCACUUCACGCGAUGUUCAGGAAAAAGAGGAGAAAUGCUCACUGAACUGCAUGGAAAAGUACCUGAAGAUGAACCAACGUAUAUCGCAAAGAUUCCAGGAGUUCCAAAUGAUAACAAAUGAGAAUGCUAUGGCAAUGGCCAAAAAGACAGGACAACUGUAAGAUCACGUUAAGCAUCAGCCAGCCGUUGUUGGAUCAGGAAUCGAUGGAGGUGCGACAAAUAGUUUAAUAUACAGUUUUUAUAAACACUAGCACACACAUACACACACACCAAAUUAACUAUAAUUGUGCAUUUUUGUUGCAUUUUGAGAAUUGAGAGAAAACAAAAAUGAAAAAACCUUGUGAAACAUUUCCUUAAGGAUUCGAAUAA